GCUUCUCUCGUGUUCGUUCCAAGCGUUGCAGGGAAGGGCUCCCGGGAGCGCCCCAGUCUCCUUUGCACGCCUGCGCAGUAGACAGGGAGAGUCAGGGAAGAACACGCCGAGCCAGCGGGUGGCCAGACAGGGCACCACCCUAUUCGGCGCAGCAGAGCGCAGGGGGCGGCAGGAGGGCCGAGGGGGCCAGCGAGGGGCGUGCGCUUUCUGUAAGGGUGACCUUUUGAACCGUCGUCGUCGUCGUCGUCGUCAGAAGCCCGGCUCGACGGAAAGGGGAGCGAGCUGCUCCCGAGGAUGGUGUUCGAGUCGGUGGUUGUGGACGUUCUGAACCGGUUCCUGGGCGAUUAUGUGGUGAAUCUGGACAGUUCCCAGCUCAAGCUUGGCAUCUGGGGAGGAGCUGUAGCACUUAAGAAUCUUGAAAUAAAAGAAAAUGCACUGUAUCAGUUUGACGUCCCAUUUAAAGUUAAAGCAGGGCAUAUUGGUCAACUGAAUUUGCAAAUUCCAUGGAAAAAUCUUUAUACUCAACCAGUUGAAGCUGUGUUAGAUGAAGUUUACUUGCUUAUAGUGCCUACAGCCAGUAUUAAAUAUGAUGCUGAAAAAGAAGAAAAACAUCAGUUGGAAGCAAAGCAGAGGGAGCUGCAAAGAAUAGAAGAUGCAAAACAGAAGAUUGCAGAUAUAGAUAAGCAACAGGAGAAGCAAGACACUUUCCUAGAAAAGCUAAUUACUCAGGUCAUCAGAAAUCUUCAGCUGAAAAUUUCUAACAUCCAUAUUCGAUAUGAGGAUGAUAUCACAAAUAAAGAUAUUCCAUUGUCAUUUGGUGUCUCACUUCAGAAUCUAAGUUUACAGACUUCAGAUAAAGACUGGAAUCCAUCUAUACAAGAUGCAACUGCUAAAUUGUUCUAUAAGCUAGUUCGAUUGGACAACUUUUUUGCAUACUGGAAUGUGAAUUCUGAAAUGUUUUAUCACAGUGGUUUUAAAGAGGCUUUGAAUAACUUAAAACAUGGAGUUGCAAGUGCUAACUUGAUUCCUGAAGGCUACAGUUUUGUAUUCCGUCCAAUUUCAGCUAAAGCCAAGCUUCGUAUGAAUCCACGUUCUGAUGUUGACUUUUCUGCACCAAAGAUAGAUCUAAAUGUAAAUCUUCAAGAUAUAACCAUAGAACUAAAUAAACCACAGUAUUUCAGUAUUAUGGAACUUCUUGAAUCAAUAGAUAUGAUGACCCGAAAUUUGCCAUAUAGGAAAUAUAGACCAGAUGUUCCUGUUCACAACAAUGCCAAGAGAUGGUGGAAAUAUGUUAUAUAUGGCAUUCUUGAAGUAAAUGUUCAACCAAAACUUCAGAUGUGGUCUUGGGAGCAUAUCCAUUAUCAUAGGAAUCAAAUAAAGAACUAUAAAGAUCUAUAUAAAAAAAAGAUAACAACAAAGAAGCCAGCAGACGAAUGUUUGAAUAAGUUGGAGGAACUAGAAAAGACCCUGGAUAUUUUCAGCAUCACUCUGGCAAGACAACAGGCAGAAUUUGAGGCAACAAAGGCUGGUUUAAAGAUUUUCAGACCGGGAACUAAGCAAGAUGAUGAAGAUUCUGGUGGCUGGUUUAGUUGGAUGUGGGGAUGGGUUGGAAGUAAAACGGACCAAGCUGUACAAGAGCCAAAAGGCAUUGAACAGUUGAUGACUCCAGAAGAAAAGGAUAAACUUUAUGCAGCAAUAGGUUACGGUGAAACAGCCAUUGAUCCAACAUUGCCUAAAACUUAUGAAGCCAUAAAGCUUUACAUAAAACUGGUAAGCAUGACUGUCCAGAUCAGGGAGAACAAAGGGAAGCCUGAACUGAUAAAACUUGCAUUAAUUGAUCUGUGCACCACAGUGACACAACGGCCUGGUGCUGAAGCAAUAAGAUUUGAAUCAAGUGUAAGUGCAUUUGAAGUAAAGGGCAUGGCUCAAAGAAAAACCAUUCCCUGUUUGCUGUCUUCUAACACAGUUCACUCACAGCACAAUACAUCACUCUUCACCAUAAUGUUUGAGACAAAUCCCUUAAAUGAGAGUGCCAAUCAGAAGCUAAGAAUAGAAUCACAGCCAUUAGAAAUAAUAUAUGAUGCAAUGACAGUGAAUAGCUUAGUGGACUUCUUCCGACCUCCAACUGAUGUUCAUUUGGAACAAUUAACCUCAGCAACUUUAACAAAGUUGGAAGAAUUUCGGGAAAAAACUGCUACAGGAUUAGUGUAUAUUAUAGAAACACAGAAGAUUUUAGAUUUAAAAAUAAAUCUUAUGGCUUCCUAUAUCAUUAUUCCACAAAAUGGAUUCUAUGAACCAAUGGCAAAUAAACUACUUCUAGAUCUUGGUCACUUAACGAUGGUGAGUAAAAGUCGGUCUACUUUAUCAGAUAUUGUAGUUGGUGAAAGCUCUCUUGAAGCUAUUAUGUCAAGAGCAUACGAUAAGUUUGACAUUCAACUCAGCAGCAUACAGCUACUUUAUAGCAGUCAUGAUGAAAACUGGGAGGAGGCUCGUAAUUUGCAAUCAUCAUCUCAGCAUAUACUGCACCCCCUGGAUGUGAAAAUGGAAUUGAGCAGAGCAAUGGUUGUAACAGAUGCAAGAAUGCCCAAAUACAAAAUGUUUGGUGAACUGCCAUUAUUGUCUUUCAACAUCUCAGAUGAGAAAUUGAAAUCUAUUCUGGAGCUUAUUGAUAGUAUUCCUAAACCAGAAAGUCCUGCUGAUACUAGUGUUGUUCCUCAACCUUCCAAGCUUCAAGUAUCUUCACUGUUAACAACACCACAAAUGUCAACCGCUGUGCUUCCACUUCUGGAGUAUAAUUCAAUAGCUGGAUCAAGUGAAUCUGAAGAAGAAUUUUAUGAUGCCCCAAGUAGUCCUGUGGAAGAUUUACCAUUUUUUGAGGCACCUUUGGGAUCCUUGGAUAGGGCAGCCAGCAUUAAAAGAAAGCCAGCAAGACGAGAAUCUUUGAAGAAUAUGAUUGAUUUCCAGUUAAGAUUCGAAAUAUCUGAGGUUUUCGUUCAGGUGUGUUGUCUUGAUGAAGGGGUUGAAAAGCCAAUGCUUCGCUUAGAGAUUUUAAAAUUAGGCACUGAACUUAAUCUAAGGACAUAUGAUAUGUCUGCUACUGCUUUCCUAAAAGAGAUUUGUUUAAUAUGCCCAGAAUAUAUGGAUGAUAAAGGCAAACCAGUUUAUAUCAUUUCAACACUGGAUAAUUUAAUGGAUGAUCUUCUGGCAAUUGAAUACAGAAAGGCAGAUAUUAAUGCCCCAGAUCUGAAAACUACUUAUAAGAAUGUCCUUCAGCUGAUAAAGGUGACUUUUUCUUCUAUAGAUAUCCACUUACACACAGAAGCACUUCUGAAUACUAUGAAUUUCCUAAAUAACCUUCUCCCAACGCAAGAGUCAACUGCAGUAGAGAUCACCCAGGAAAAAGAGGAGAAGAGGGAAGUUCUCAAGAAAUUUACAUCAAAGAAGUCAAAGUAUGAAGAUGUUUGUGAUCUCCAUGUUUGUGCAGACAUGUCCUGUUUACGCGUUUUUUUGAGAGACCAAAAACGCAGGAUAUCUGAAAUUCGUGUUGAAGGUCUUGAUAGCCAAGUGAUGAUGAAGAAAGAAACAACUGAAAUAUCAGCUAAGUUAAAGAAUAUAAUUAUUGUGGAUUGUGAUGAGGCGGCACUAUAUAAAAAGGCCCUCUAUAUUACUGGAAAAGAAGUCUUUAGUUUCAAAAUGGUGACAUACAUGUACGCUACAGAUGGUAUUUCUUACACAAAUAUGAAUGCCGUUGACAGCAAGAUUUAUUUAACUGUUGGAUGCAUUCAAAUUGUUUUUGUCAACAAAUUUGUUUCUGCUAUUUUGGCAUUUGUAAACAAUUUUCAAACUGCAAAGGAAGCAAUUACUGAAGCUACAGUUCAGGCUGCUGAGAAAGCAGCUUCUGGUGUGAAGGAAUUGGCUCAGCAAAGUUCCCGAAUGGCACUGGAUGUUAAUAUUAAAGCACCUGUUGUCAUAAUCCCUCAGUCAGCAAUAUCUACUGAUGUUCUGGUUGCUGAUUUUGGUUUGAUCACCAUAAAGAAUGAAUUUUUGCUUGUUAAAACUAAGCUUCGUUCUAACAUCCCACCUAUUCUUGAUAGCAUUCAUGUCACACUGAGUGAACUAAAGCUGUACAGGUCAAGCAGUGUCAGUGGCUUACUACAAAAUGAAAUACAGCUAUUGCAGCCAUUAAAUCUUGAAGUUACUGUUGAACGCAAUUUGGCUGCUCUCUGGUAUCAUGAGAUUCCUGACAUAAAAAUAUCUGGACGUCUCAAGCCAAUGAAUCUGAUUCUCAGUCAGGAAGACAUAACUACUAUUUUGAGGACCCUGAAUGAAAAUUUAGGAGAUAGUUCUGACCCUCCACCUCCUGAACCACAAAAAAAAGAUGUUCUAAGCAUCCAUAGUGGAGCUGCAAGUGUCUCCCAGCAUUCUGGAGCUGGAGUAACAGUGGUGACUGCUGCUGUGGUGGAAAUGCAUCCCUCUGUUAAGGUUAAAACAACACUAAAAUUGGACUUCCAGUUUGAUUCCCUGACUCUAGUGUUGUACAGUCCAAAUUCCAACCAGCCUCUAGUUCAGGAUGAACGAGAUGAUCAUCUGAAGCUUGCAGAAUUUAAAUUGUUGUUAAUAUCAACUGCUGUCAAAAUGUUGUCAGAUGGAUCAAUGAAUGCUUCGGUCCGGUUAACAAACUGCACUUUAGAUGAUAAACGACAGACAGUCCAGAAUGCUACACCAAGAAUGAUAGAAAUGAAGCAUGGAUCUGAAAAGAAAGUCAUGGUGGAUAUAAGUUAUAAGCGAGGGAGAGAUGGCUCCACUGUUCUUGACACAGUUGUUCAGGAGAUAUAUCUCUGUGCUAGCAUAGAGUUUCUGCUUACUGUUGCAGAUGUAUUUCUAAAAGCUACUGCAGAAAGUGCUGCUGCAGAGAGAAACUUCAAGCAGUCUUUAUCUGUAAAAGAACAAGUUCCUGUACAGUCGGAAUCCACAAUGGAAAUAAACGUCGUCGUUAAAAAUCCUGAGAUUGUGUUUGUGGCCGAUUUAACAAGAAGUGAUGCUCCUGCACUAGUGGCUACAGCACAGUUUGAAGUAUCCAUGAAGAAUGGCCCUGAAAUGAAUAAAAUGACAGCUGCUGUGAAAGCUAUAAAAGUGAAAGCCUGCCCAUUUUUUCCAGAUAUGAGAAAAGGCAAUAUUACAACGGUACUACAGCCCUGUGACCUUGUCUUUGAUAUGAUGCAGUCAGGUGAAGAUCCUCAGAAAGCAGAUCUGUCAAUCAAAUCUAUAACAAUUAAGGUGUCACCUAUUAUCAUCAAUACAGUCUUAACCAUUACAUCAGCACUUUUCCCAACUCAAGAGACCACAGAAAAAGACAUUAGCCCUGUACCUCCAGAUCUUUGGGAUAAGAAGAAUAUUAAAGAGCUAAAUAUGUGGUUUCUUGAAGAGUCAAAUGAAAAUAAGGAUUCUGCUUCUGUAACUGAGUUGAUUCCUACAGGAGAAACACUGCAAAUGAGAAUUGAAACGGUUAUUAUAACUCUCGAAGCUGGGGUUGGUCACAAAACAGUGCCAAUGCUUUUAGCAAAGUCUUCAUUUUCUGGAGAAGUUAAAAAUUGGAGCAGUCUGAUCAAUCUCUCUUCUCGUCUUGAACUAGAGGUACAUUAUUACAAUGAGAUGUUUGGUGUUUGGGAGCCAUUACUUGAACCGCUGGAAGUUGAAAACACUGAUGAAUUCAGACCAUGGGUUCUAGAAUUGAAGAUGAAGAAGAAGGCCAAAAAAGCUUUAGUUGAAACAGUUACUGAAGAAGAACAUUACAAGGUGCCCGAGUACAAAACAGUGAUAACGAUUUACUCUCAAGAUCAGCUGAACAUUACAUUGUCCAAGUGUGGGAUGCAAAUGUUGAAUAACAUGGGCACGGCAUUUGCAGAAGCAGCUACAGAAACUUCAGAAAUAUUCAAAAAAGAUCAAGCUCCCUUUGUACUAAAGAAUUCAUUAGGAGUUUCCACCAUUGUCUUGCCUAGUGAUUCCUUCAGUGUCCUUAAUGUUGAGCCAGAGGAAAAUGCAUUUCAUCUGGAAGAUGGGCAAAGUCUGAGUAUGGAGUAUGUCAGAACUAAAAGUGAACAAGACCAGUUCACAGCAAUGACUACUCUAAGCAGCAAAGUAUUCUACAUUUGGCUCACUCCUCAGAAUCACUCCACUACUGAGAAGAUCCCAUUGACAAAAGUGGGCAGAAGUCUUUACAGAGUAAGACACAAUGAUUCGGGUGUUGUAAGAUCUAUUGUUUGUCAAAUUGAUACCAUUGAAGGGAGCAGGAUGAUAACAGUACACUCUCCUAUUCAGAUAAAGAAUCAUUUUUCAAUUCCAUUGAGUAUAUUUGAAGAUGGAAAAUGUUUAGGAAAAGCUUUGCCAGGGGAUGAAUUUAACAUACCAUUGACAUCUUACAGAUCACUACUUUUUUUCCGACCAAUAACUGAUGACAUUUCUGAAGAAUAUGCAUCAAGUGAAGGAGUUAGCUUUGAUGAAAUGGUGAAGAACUUUGGCAAAUUGUUGCAGAAAAAAUGUCAACUUAAAAAUUCAGCUACCCAUUCUCUUAUCAUCAAUAUUGUUCCAAUGCAAGAUACUUUGAUAUCUUCAGUGUGUACAGAUGAUCAAUGGGAUUUACCAUAUAUCGUUCAUUUAUGGCCUUCUGUUCUUCUCCGCAAUCUUCUUCCUUAUCAGAUCAGCUAUUCCUUAGAGGGAUAUGAUGGAACAUACAGUACUUUAGAUGAUGGAUGUUCAGUUCAGAUUCAUAAUGCAGUACUGGACCAGAGCAAGCUGGAAUUACAGUUACUUAAUUACCUCAACAAAAAUUGGACCUCUGAGUAUCACAUUCAAACAAAUCAACAAGAAAUUAGUUUCAUCACAUUUUCCUAUAUUAGUGAUGUAGAUAAGACAGAUUUGGAUAUUGCUGUGCACGUAACCUAUGCUACAGGACAAAUGAUUAUAGCAAUUCACAGUCCGUACUGGAUGGUGAAUAAGACUGGUCGAAUGUUGCAAUACAAAGCUGAUGGCAUUCACCGCAAACAUCCACCUGACUACAAGAUGCCACUUCUCUUUUCUUUCCAACCUAAGCAUUUUUACCAUGAUAACAAGGUUCAGCUUAUGGUCACAGACAGUGAACUCUCUGAUCAUUUUUCUCUGGAUACAGUUGGCAGUCAUGGUUCCGUUAAAUGUAAGGGUCACAAAAAGGAAUACCAAGUUGGUGUCACGAUACAUAACAGCAGUUUUAACAUUACUAGAAUAGUGACAUUCACACCUUAUUUUAUGAUCACAAACAGAAGUACACAUACUUUAGAAGUAGCUGAAGAAGGCAAUGAAAAGUGGAUACCAGUAAUUUUCCAACAGUGUAUUCCCUUUUGGCCUCAAAAUAAUGAAAGCAAAUUACAGGUUAGAGUAGAAAAUUCCGAUAUUCCACCCAAAAUUAUACAGCUUGACAAGCAAGAAAAUAGUCUGCUGCUACACUUAGACAAUAGGCUUGGAGGCAUUAUAGUGGAUGUUACACUUGCUGAGCAUUCUACAUCAGUUACGUUCUCUAAUUACCAUGAUGGAGCAGCUCCCUUCCUGAUAAUUAACCAUACUAAAGCUGAAACAAUUGAAUAUGGACAAAGUUCUCUCUGUGAAAUGGAAGAUGCUUUAGCACCAAAUAAAGCAGUACUUUACACAUGGGUCGAUCCAGUAGGUUCUAGAAAAUUGAAAUGGACUUGUGGAAAAAGCAGUGGAGAAGUAACUCAGAAGGAUGAUUUGAUGACACCUGUCGAGUUGGGAAAGAAGACCAUUUAUUUGGUUUCAUUUUUUGAAGGCUUGCAGCGAAUAAUUCUGUUCACUGAAGAUGAAAAGGUCUUCAAAGUGACAUAUGAAAGUGAAAAAGCUGAAUUAGCAGAACAAGAAAUCAUUGUAUCAGUACAAGAUGUUGGAAUUUCUUUAGUAAAUAAUUAUUUAAAGCAGGAAGUGGCUUACAUUGGGAUCACAAGUUCUGAUGUGAUUUGGGAAACAAAGCCGAAGAAAAAGUCAAGAUGGAGGCCACUGAGUGUGAAGCAAACUGAGAAGCUGGAAAAAGAAUUUAAUGAAUACUGCGAUCAGUCACCCACUGAAAAUAAAAUAGUGGAGCUGGAAGAUAAUGUUCCGGUCUGCCUGACUCCCACUGGUAAUAACAUGAAAAUAAUGCAACCAAAUGAAAUCCCAGUAAGAAGAAGCUUUUUGCCAGCUUUAAAAGUACAGUACAGUACAUCCGAACAUCAAUCAUCCUUCAGAGUCCAAAUUUAUAGAAUACAGGUACAAAACCAGAUCCCUGGAGCCAUAUUUCCCUUUGUGUUCUAUCCUAUUAAACCUCCAAAGUCCAUCUCCUUGGAUUCAGAACCCAAACCAUUUACUGAUGUCAGUAUUGUCAUGAGAACUGCAGGGCAUUCUCAAAUAUCACGUAUAAAGUAUUUUAAAGUUCUAAUUCAAGAGAUGGAUCUCCGAUUAGAUCUUGGUUUUCUUUAUGCAUUGGUUGAUUUCUUUGUACCUGCUAAUGAAGUGCCUAGAGACCAAGAGAUAGAACUUUUCAGAAAAGAUGUCGAAGCUGUACAGGAAGAGCUGAAGAAUGUAUCAUCAACAGAUACUUCACAAAUCAGUUUAUAUGAGUAUUUCCAUAUUUCUCCAAUAAAGUUACACUUAAGUUUUUCACUCAGUGCUGGUGGAGAAGAUAGCAACAAGGAAGAGAGAUCUAAGGAACUGAUUCCAGUUCAGUCUGUCAACCUCUUAUUAAAGAGUAUUGGGGCAACGCUCACAGAUGUGCAGGAUGUUGUACUUAAGUUGGCAUUCUUUGAGCUUAACUACCACUUCUGUACCACGCAGCAACUACAGUGGGCAGUUAUUAUGCAUUAUUCAAAGCAGGCUAUUAAGCAAAUGUAUGUUCUUAUUCUUGGCCUGGAUGUUUUGGGCAAUCCAUUUGGAUUCAUAAGGGAUUUGUCUGAAGGAGUUGAAGCAUUCUUUUAUGAACCAUAUCAGGGGGCUAUCCAAGGCCCAGAAGAGUUCAUAGAGGGAAUGGCACUGGGACUUAAAGCCCUAGUGGGUGGUGCUGUUGGUGGAUUGGCUGGUGCUGCAUCAAGAAUAACUGGUGCUAUGGCUAAAGGGGUAGCAGCAAUAACUAUGGAUGAAGACUAUCAGCAGAAGCGACGGGAAGCCAUGAAUAGGCAACCUGCAGGCCUCAAAGAGGGUAUCACUCGUGGAGGAAAAGGCUUAGUAUCUGGUUUUGUCAGUGGAAUAACAGGAAUAGUUACAAAGCCGAUAAGAGGUGCCCAGAAGGAAGGAGCAGCAGGUUUUUUCAAAGGUGUUGGAAAGGGAUUAGUGGGAGCAGUGGCAAGACCCACUGGAGGAAUAAUAGACAUGGCCAGCAGCACUUUUCAGGGAAUUAAAAGGGUCACAAAUACUUCUGAAGAUGUCAUGAGCCUACGUCCUCCCCGCUUCUUUAGUGAGGACGGAGUUAUACGACCAUACAGAUUAAGAGAUGGUGCUGGAAGUCAAAUGUUACAGAAAAGACAGGCCUACAGAAAAUGGACUAUGUGUCAUAUUAGUGAUAGUGAUGAUGAUGAUAGCAGUUAAGACAUUAUGUGCUUUUUGUGUUGAAUUGUCAACAGUUGAAUGUUGCUGCUUCUCUGAGUGUCUCUAUUAUAGAAAACUAAAAAUUACAGGAACUUACAAGAUUGUAUCAUAAACAUAUGUUUAGAAGUAUUCAUUGAUGAAAUUUAAGCACAACUGCCAAGAAAAUUGCUGUUUAAAUUUGCUUUGUUUGAAUACUACUGCACGGAAGCAUUGUUUAACAGGGACCAUAGUCUUGUAACAGUGUGUUUUUUCUGUUAGAACUCCAUAUAACUCUUCUUAAAUACCAUGUUCUCCAUUUACAUUAUUAUUUUAAUUUUAUGCUUUAAUUUUAAAAUCAUAUGUGGUGUUUUGGUUUGUUUUUAAAAAAAUACCUUUUAGAUACAAGUAUGUAUUUGUUGAUGCUGUUACUUUUAGAUUCAUGUUAGGUAUUGAAAAUAUUGUCUAAAUAUUGUGUAAUAACAAUAAAUGAGUCUGUAUAAGAAAAUAUUGAUCUGUUCUGUUCAAACAUCCCCAUCAUUAUUUACAAUCUUAUAUUCCAUGUCCCCUAAAUUUGUCCACAAAAAGCUUGCUUUGUCAAAAUUAUUUUAAAAUAUACACUUCUAUUUUACAUUCUUCCAUUCACAGAAACAUAUUUUGCCAUUAUUGUGUUUCCUUUUAAAAUUUCAUGUAGCUGAAAUAGCUAUGAAAGAACAUGACCAUUUUUAUUCUAACCUUCUUUUCAAAUGGGAACACUAGCACUGAGUUGAUUUUUUAGUGAAGUGUCCAGUAGACAUGAUGAUGAAGAUUUAUUAAGAAGACCUGAGCUGGAAAAAUAGACAUUGAAUGGAAAUGUUUAGAUGGUAACUCAAAUUUGUGGAAGAAGAACUGAGUUCAGGCAGCCUACAUUAGAAAGAGCGGAAACCCUGCCUCUCUUCUGAUCCACCUGCAACUGGAAAAUAUAAGAUCUAAAAUAGGGUACUAAAGUCAUCCUGAGACCUUAGGUAGCCGAAGUCUGGAAGGCAGUAAAAAAGACCUGAGUAAAAUUUCUUCCUGUAAACGCAUUGUUAUUCUCCUAGUAGUAAGGAGAAAAGUAGGUAGAAGAUUGCAGUCUUCACGUAAUUGCAAAAGCAACAUGUCAUCCAGUGUGGCCAUUUUGAGGGAGGGUGUUACUCUUCUGUUGCUCUGUAACUAGUAUAAAGCAUCAAUCAUAGCUUGAAAUUAAGCACAUUUUUAGGCAAUGUGGAUCCUACAGGCACAAAGCGUCCCAAAACUUUGGUGCACACCAAGGCACUAAUUCCUCAAAAUUUUAUGCACACAUACGCAUAUAUAAAAUGGGCAUUGUGAGAGCCAGUGUGGUGUAGUGAUUAAGAGCA